GGAAGUAAAAGACACUUGCGUCGUCUCAGGUGUAAAACAGAGACUCUUUCAACUUCAUUUCAACAACAUACCUCAUAAGCUUACCGAAUAAGUAGUGUAUCUUGCCAGCGGAGAUAUACGAAUUUGGAAGACGCUUCGACGCCAAGAAACACUUCCUAAAACUCGUCUUUUACCAGUUUCACAGGUCAGAGGAAUAUGUCAAAGCUGGAGACCAUGCUGGAAGAUGGACUCAGAUCAGAGUUAAUGCUCCAGCAGCAGCUGAAGACCUUGAGUAAGAACCUCAGGCAGCAGCUGCAGGAGACAGAGAGGAGACAGAGAGAGGAGCUGGAGAGGAGGAUUCAUCAGAACGCUCUACUGUCAACAGAUGUAGACAGAGAGUCUGGUGAUAAAAAUGAAGUGAACCAUCUGGCAGAACAGGUGGGAAUGGUGAGAUCCACCUCCACAUCUCCCCUGACUUCAGACAAAGAGACUUUGCAUCAUCCGAGACAGUCAGACACGCCUAACUCAUCUUCUACAGUCUGGGUAUCUCCAACAUACAGGACGUUCACGCUGACUCCUGCCAGGAUUCAACAGUGUGAGCGGUUUGCUUUAUCUAAAACAACACAGAUGAGCAAGGAGGAGGAGGCAGAGGCUGAGUGUCAGAAGAAGUUCUGCGCUCUCCCAGCCCCCAGCAAUGUCAGUCAACCCCUAUAUCAGGAGAUGGUGGAGCUGAGAGAGAAGGAGAGGAAGCAGGGCCGUGAGCAGAGGAGGGACUUCUUGCUCUCCAUUCAAAAACCUUUCAGUUUCCAAGAGAGAGAAAAGGAGAAAAGAGAGAAGCUGAUAGCAAUGUUAAACCAAGUCUCAAAUGAUCAGAAAAACAAGGCUGCUACUGUUAGAAAACCUCGUCACAAAGAAGUAAAAGACUCGUCAGGCUCUGAGCUUAAAGAACAGGAGAUCUGCAGACAAGCAUCCACUUGGACAACAGUGGGUUAUGAGAAUCCUACUGUGUCUGUUAGCUCGAAACUUCGCACUGCUGAGCGCACCAGGAAAGAAAAGUUGGGAUUCCUGGAUGAGAGGCCCAGCUUCCAGCCAAAAAUCAUCCAUCAGGUCCCUGAUUUCAGCAGGCUACACAAAGCCUUGCAGACAGAGGGCCUGAGAAAAACACAGAGUAAAGAUGUUAAAGAUGUGAUCAAAUGUCAGCCCUUCUUUCUGAGGACAUCAGCUCUCCCCGCAAGGCAAAGUAGGAUGAGCCCUGAAAACUCACAGGUACCAAAAAGAAGAAAUCUCAGUAGAAGCAAGUCACUUGGGGCCUUAACAUCACUGUCCACAGACACACUCCCAACAUACAUCACAGAUGCUGUGAGGAAGCGCUGCAUGGCCAUCAGAAAGUCAAUGGAGAUGAGGGAUAGCAAGAAUCAAGAGACUGCAGACUGGUUAAGGAAGUACCAAAUGAGGUCCCAGGCCAUGAAGAAGACAGUCACACUACAUGCAAAGUUGCUGGACCCACACAGCAGCUUGAAAGAGGUGUAUAAUGAAAAACUGCAGCACCAUCGGGAGGCUGACCAACAAAGGAUGAGAGAGUAUACAAGAGAGUUACAGGAUAUCAAGGCACGAGUAAGAGAACGCCCUUAUUUGUUUGAACAACUGAAACAGAAAAAUGCAAAAGCUCAUGCAGAGCAGACAUACAGGAACACGCUGAUGAAAGCCGGCUUGAAGGAGCAAUUUGUUGAAGAAAAUGGAGAAGCAGUUGAAGCAAAAUCAACAUCAACUAGCUCUGAGGACAAUACAGAUGAGAAUGACAUUCAAAGCAGGGAAGAAAAUGUAGACGACGGGGAGAAAAUUGAAGAUGUGGAAGAGAAGAGCGUGAAGUCCCGAGGGGAAGAAAUGCCAUGAUCAAAAAGAUUCAGGCGGCACAGUGUUCCUUGUGGCCUCUCCGCUAGAAAACAACAUUGUCCUCAAAAAUGAUUCAUGUCACGGCUAACUGUCCGCACCAGUUGUUUGAUAGUUUAAGAUGUCCAACUUUAAAUUAUGACAAAACAUCUCGACUAUGCAAUCACAAAUGUGAGGGGUUACAACAAGAAAAUUUAAGUUUAUAGAACUGUAUAUGUUAUAUAAGUAAUAUUUUAUAUGCUUUGAGUUUACACACAUACACACACACAUACACAUAUGCAUAUGUGUGUGUAUAUAUAUAUACAUAUAUAUGAAUACAAUCUGCAUGGCAUUUCAAGCUGAUUAAACUGAAAAUAAAAAAGCUAA